CUUAAAUGUCUUAAUCUCCAGGAGUAUUUACUGUGGGCACUUACCUUUAAUGGCUCAGGUAUUGUCCAGUCCAAAGGGGGAAGAGAGUGAAAUUCAGAUGGGUGGUUGCUGAACAUGGAGAACAUUGAAAAGGGCAAUGUCAAGAAUCUUGUGGCUACAUUCCUUGAAAAACAGCAUGCAGAAAAGUCUUCUGGCUUAAAGGACAAAGACAAAAAAUUGAAAAAGUCACAAUUAAGCGGAUCUUUGAGUGCAACGUCUGAAAGCUCCAUUGAAGAUCCUUUAGAUUUCAAGGGCACAAGGGAUUUCAGACUGAAGAAACUAAAGUCAGAUGCCAGUGGAUCCUUGAGUGCCGAGUCUGAACACUCUAUUGAACAUCCUUUAGAUUUCAAGGGCAAACGAUCGGGGAAUCCAGACUGUGACUACUCCCUCUAUGAGACUGAAUCAGACUGGUCAAAAGAUAUCCCUCUUCAUUUUUCAAACAAAACAUCAGAGAAACCAGACUGUGACUAUUCUCUCUACGAGACAGAGUCAGCCUUGUCAAAGGAAAUCCCUCUUCAUUUUUCAGACAAAAAAGAAAUAUCACUAGUCAUUCCUAAACACCGGCGAAAACCUGGAACUGUAUCUUCUGCUACAUAUGCUUUCAAGUCUAAAGUACGAAAUCCACCACCUGCUGCAUAUCAUGUUGUAAAAACUGAUCACAGGGCCCCUCAUGACAUAGUCCACAGUGCCAAACGGGACUAUCCAGAGAUAGCUGAGUCCAUAUGUUCAUCUGACACCUCUGAUUUUUCAUCACUUAUAUCUCAGGAUUCCCAGAGCAGCAGUGACACAGUUUCACAAAAUGAUUGCCAGGGUGAUUUGAUGUGUGACAUUUGCAACCAAAAUGCAGCUGAAAAGAUCUGUCAGACCUGUAACAGCUUCUUCUGCGUGCCUCACGCCCUUCAACAUGGCACAAUGUUGCAAAAACACAUUCUCAAAGACAUCGGCAGUGAGGUCCAGGACAGAUGCUGCCUGCAUCAGAUGUCUAAAGAUUAUUACUGCAGAAAUGAUCAGAUGCAUAUUUGCAGUAUUUGGGUGGAAGGAAACCACAAAAGACAUGACAUCGUUUUACAGAAAGCAAGGCAUCAGGUGCAUGUUGGUGAGGACUUUGGGGAGCAUGAUGCAGUGGUGCCCCCUCCUGGUGAGAUCAAGUUCCUGAAAGUGAAGCCAACCUCUGUGGUGUUGACUUGGGGACACCCGCAGGAACUAAACGUCACUAAGAAGUUCAAAGUUAAAUGGAGCACUUUAACUGAGGCACAGGGUUCGUUAGUCAUUCAAGAUUUGAAUAAAGUGGAAAUAAACAACCUUCAGCAGGGAGAGCAAUAUUUCUUCAGUGUGGCCACAGAAGAUGAGAAUGGCAAUUUGAGCAAAUGGGUUAAAGCACGUGUUUCCACAGCGGUGCCACCUCCUCAACAUUUGAAAAAGGAUUAUUCAGAACCCUCGACCCUAUCUUUAACUUGGAGCGAAGGAGAAAACAUGGAGGGAAUCCCACAUCAAUUCCUGAUUACUGUCACAAGUCAAUUUAAAGACCCUUUUGUAAUUUACACAAAGGACUGCCACAAGACAUUAUCUGACUUAGAGCCAGACACAGAGUACAAUAUAUCAGUCUCGACCUUGCUGAAUGACAAGACCAGUGAUCCAGUCUCUAUCAUUGUACACACAGAGCUGUGCCUCGGGGGUAUGUUGUCAAAGAUCGGACUUGAAGAACAGUAUGACAUCAUGCUCAAAAUUAGCAACAUCCAGCAAAUUAAUUGCAGUGACACAACAGAGAUCAGUAUCAAAACACCAGAAUCCCUUCCAGAGGCCUUUCUAAAGAGACUUUUCAUGUUGAAUACAAAUGCUAGAAGUGUGAAAUGUGUGUCAAGUGAUUUGGACAUGGACAAGAAGAAUGCCAUCAACCCUCUGGAUUUGAUAACUGGACUGUUUCUGUGUUCAGACAAAUUCCUUCAGCAGACUAUGGUUGGGAAAAUGGUACUCUGUCAGUUUGCAGUCCCACUCCUGCUGCCUAACAGUGAAACAAAAGAAUUGACAAUGAUGCUGUGGUCUAUGCGUGAAAUUGUCCGAAACAUCUCACCCUUGCAGCAAGCAUUCAGAAGGUCAAGCAAUGAGGAAAGACUUGUGUACUCUGAAAUGCCUCUUAUAUCAUUUGUCAGACUGGGGAAGCAUUUCCUUUCCAAGUCCCAGAUGUUAAACACACUACUAAGUAACACAGAGCAGUACCAUGACAUAUUUUACCAUUCUGCCUUGGAGUGUGGAGAUGUGCCUAGAAGAAUUUCAAAUGGGCUUGUCGAACUCAGCUGGUACCUUCCUUGUGGCAUCAGUGCUGUAGAUAAAUUCAAUGAACCACUCGCUAUUGCCAACCUUAGAGGGGAUAUCAUGGCCUUUAGUAAGCAGUUUACAUUUCUCUGUCAGUCAUCUGCAGUUGUUUACAUCUUCUGUGAUGAAUCAGAGAUCGAAUAUUUCAAACACCUGCAAGGCAAAUAUGUUCAAGCAAAAGUGAUUCUGAUCAGCAGCAAAAAGGGGAAAUCCUUUAGAUUAAAAAUGAUGACAGUUAAACAAAGACUCAGAACAACAAAUAUAAGUGAGAUAAAAACAACUGAAACAGAAUUAGCAAGGGCCCUCCAGGAAUCUGUUUCUAAGAUACUUGAGAAGAGGCCAAAGAAAGUGUCUCUGGAAAAUCUGGCUGAAAUAGCUCAGAGUUGUGAGAUCCUAGUAGAUGAAGAUAGUGAUGAAUGCCGAAGUGCGCUAAAGAACGCAAAUAAAAUCACUGAGCGUAUUGAUAAAAUAUUUGAGUUCAAAGAUGAAGAACUGCCUUCUCAAGGAAACAUCUGGAAGGCAAUCUCAUGGGUGCAAACAGAGCAAUGGAGACUGCGCAAAGUUGGCAAACUGAAAGCUGAAGAGUACCGUAAGUCUCUGGAAAAAAAAGAAAGAGCUUUCAAAAGGAAGCAGCAAAGGUUCAAGAUGACAACUACAAUAUCAAACUUCCUUAAUGGGUUAAAUGUCUCUGAAGUUCACCGCUCCUUUUUUCUCAAAUGGAUGGAAAUGGCACUGGAGGAUUUGUCCCGGCACCAGCUUUCAGCUCUGCUGGUUCAAUACGAGGCAUUAAAACAAGAGUCUCCAAGAGAAACAAAGAAAAUAGCAGAUUUUGACCAACAAUAUUCGAUUUGCUCUUUACGAAUGGAACAUUUUUUUCGAGAGUGUGGGCAGCGGUAUACAUGCGAAGAUGUCCUACCAGAAUUCAGCAAUCUGAAGAAAAAGAUAAAAGAGCUCCCUACAUUGUUUGCUCAGAUGCUGCUAGAUGGUUUGCCUUUUGAGCUUGUAGAUGGGGAUGCAGGAAACAUUCCCAUGAAAUGGAUCAAUGGUGUUUUAACUGAACUUCACUACCUUAUACAGUCCAACAGUAGAGUCAAAGUUAUUUCUGUCAUUGGCAUAGAAAAUUCAGGAAAGUCAACUCUGCUCAAUGCCAUGUUUGGGACCAGCUUUGCUGUCAACAAAGGAAUGUGCACUAGGGGGGCAUUCAUGCAGCUGAUCACUGUAAGCAAAUAUGUAAGUAGGGAUCUAGGCUGUGACUGCAUCAUGAUCCUUGACACUGAGGGACUAAAGGCACAUAAGAUGGUCCAGAAUGAUCAUAGCCAUGAACGUGACACUGAAGUAGCAAGUCUCGCUGUGGCACUAAGUGAUAUCACAGUAGUCAGUAUUUCCAAGGGCUGCUCAGUGGAGAACGACUUCUUGAGGAUGGUACUUAAUGCACUGACAAGGGUAAAGAUUGUGGACAAGAAGCCAUUGUGCCAUUUUGUUCAGGUUGACAUGACUGGAAUGUCUGUUUCUGAGGGAAUGAAGAACGAAAAGGCAUUGUUAGAACAAGUCACUGUGAUAAUCCAGAGGGAAAAGGCAAGAAAGCUCUCUGAUGUGGUGGAGUUUGACCCUAGCACCUGGAACUGGUACCUUCCUUAUGUUUGGAAAGGAACUCCACCAAUGGCUUCUUACAGCACUGCCUACAGUGAAACUGCACUGGCUUUAAAAAGUCGACUGCUAAAGGACCUAAAAAAGUGCCCUGCGAGAGGUGAUCUGUUGGAUUUUGCAAAGAGGAUAGAAAGCUUCUGGAAAUCUCUAUGAGGCAUGGCAAGUUUCUCUUCUUUCAAAUGCAAUAACAACCUAAAGAGAUUUAUUUCACUUAAAGAGAACGACCCACAUAUAACUAUAAAAAUUGAAAAGAAAAAAAACUAUUGAAGAGCAUUUGGCGAUCUUUGCAAAUAAACAGUUGAAUCUGUGUUUGCCUGGAAUCAGAUAGAAUGAAAAAUGUUUGAAAGUUCAAAAAGAAAUCAAUGUUGAGCAAGAGCCUUAGCAUGAGAUCUUCACAAGUUCAGCCAAACCCAAGGAACCAAAACCUUUAGUAUGCUAUAUUUCAUGGUCACCUGUGUAUUGUAUCAUUACCCGUUUGGCGUGUUUAACUUCAUAGGUAAAUUCUGGGUGGAUCCAAGUAGAUCUGGCUUAUCAUACAGAAGCAAUGGACACGGUAUUCCUACAUAAGUUAUUGUAAUCCACCUAUUUCUUAGUUGUACUGCUGCACUUUUGAUUGUGUCUGCAAUUCCCUGUAAGGUAGAGAGCAUCGCAUCCAAGUGGUUUGUUUGGGGAUUUAAUUGUCUGAAGCGAGCUAUAAUUCUGACGCAACUGGUUUACAGUUAAGCUAAAUUAGUUUUUGGUCUGUUUUGAUGAUCACACUCUUAUAGAGAUGUCCCUGUGAAGCUCCAAUGUGUCCUAGCAUGAGUACUUGUUGUGCUACACACUCAGAUGAAGGUCUGUUUAUAGAUUUAGCAAUGAAACGUUAAACAUUUACUCCCAGUUGAAACGGGAUUACUAUUCCUGCAAUUAGGGGAUUAUUUCACUUUUGUUAUGACCAGAUGAGGAAACCAGACAAAUUUGAAGCAGCCACCGAAAACCCUGUAUGUUGGCCUAUUAUAAUUUGUUAACAAAAAAUCCAUGGAGGAAAACCUGCACCCAAUGUCAUUGUUGCCUUUGACCUGCCACUGGUGAAGACAUGUGGCUUCUGAAAAGGUUUCUAGCACUGCUGAGGGAAUGUCAGGUAUGAAUCUAGGUUUAAGACAGGUAAAGUAUUGUGUUUUAUGAUUGGUAUGACUGGUCAUUUUAUACCAGCAUCUCCAUCCCUGAAUGUAUUCUCGAUCUACUACUACGAUCAACAUUGUAAAGUACCUUAGGACGACAUGUGUUGUGAAUUGGCGCUAUAUAAAUAAACUGAAUUGACCUGAGCCCUGCGAUGGACUGGCGACAUAUCCAGGGUGUACCCUGCCUCUCGCCCAUAGACUGCUGGAGAGAGGCAAUAGGUCCCCCGCGACCCUGUAUGGAAGAAGUGGCUAUAGAAAACGGAUGGAUUGGUCACCUAUUUCAGGUCAACCUCCCAAUCUUCGAAAUGCCUCUUUUCCAUUAGUACCUACUCUACUCAACUUUGGUUGGAUCGGCUCUACACGGUUUGGUACGUUUUCCAUUACAAUUAAGUAUCAUCUCAAUGUGGGCAGGAUCAUCAAUAGCAAGGUAGCCCCACAGUCUGAAGCAAGCAGGUAAUAUAAAUAAUAAUGGUUACCAAUUGAAAAGCUUAAAAAGCGCAUUGAGACAUGCUGAACCGUGCUGAGUAGUGACUAGUGGAAAAGGGGCAAAAGAGAAAAGAGCAGCAUUUAACAUGUUAAAGUUGAUAUUCUUGACAGACUGUUUAUUAACAUGAAAGAUUGCAGGUUUGGAAGAUGUGAACGCAAUUCAGUCAAAGCAUCACAGGGUUAUAGGAAUAAGGUGGAUAUUGCAACUGUGCUUGUCAAACUACAUGAGAGGCUAUUCCAUCUUAAAUUCAGUCAAACACUUGAGAAUAAUUGGUCACCUCUUACCAGUAACAAGCUCUGAAAAUGUUGGUGUUUGGCUCUAGGACUUUUACACUUGGCUACGCAUGGACUUGUGGAAACCUCUACUGUUCACCAAUUUUACCUCCAUUAUAAGGUUAGCAAAAAAACACGAAAGCUUUUUGAAGUUGUAGUAAUAAGCCUUUUGUAGUAAUAAAAUAUUGACAAUCUCAUACUGACAAAUUUUGAAAAAUCUGUCUUUUAAUAUAAGUACAUUCAUUCAGAGGAGGAAAAACUCUAUGGUGGAGGAUCAUGGACUCUGAAAUAUCAGGAGACUUCAAAACAUUUUAUGAAUUCUGCCAGAAAACUAAAAUAUGCAGUGAUUGGAUCAAUCAGCACACAAUGAUCCAAGACAUUUAUAAUCAAAUCAACAAAGAAAUGAGUCACAUUCUUUUUGACUUUUUAAACAUGCUUACCAGGGGUGUCAAAAGGUUUGAUCGGUGCUGUAUUUUUAGGAGUUUAGCUUUUCUCAUUGUGUUUUUUAUUUGAUUAAUGUCUACUUUUGAUGUAUUUUGAAUAGGAAAUAUAUAUCUGCACAGGUACUUAUCUUACCUGCCCUGCCUUGUUCUUAUGCAUUUUUUUACUUUUUGGUCAUGUAAUUUUUGGAAAAACAAAAUUAAAAAUGUUUCAAAUAAAAGACUACAUGGCAUGGUCUAA